UCAAACCUCGAGAGAUCGAGAGAGAGAGAGAGAGAGAGCUAAGCUUCAAUGGCGAUCUCUCUCUCCUCUUCGAUCCCAUCGAAACGAUAAAUCCCAAGCUCCAUUGAUCCUCGAGGAGCUCACUGGAGAAGCCUUACUUGCCAUGCGACGCUGGAACGUGGCGGUGAUCUCCCUCGAGAACGAGGUAACCCUAGAAUUUGGCGGAAGUCUGAGUUUUUCUUGGUCUUUUACAUCGGUUUGCAACGAUGCAUCCAGAGCAUCAUAGUCCGUCCACGCGGGGCCUUCUAUGCAACGCUGCUUCCGGCGCUGCUGCUGGUGUGAUUGCGGCUACGUUUGUGUGCCCUUUGGAUGUGAUCAAGACCCGGUUUCAAGUUCAUGGGCUGCCGAAGCUUGGUAGUGGCAGCUUGAAAGGUAGUCUUAUAGUUGGGAGUUUGGAGCAAAUAGUCCAAAGGGAAGGUGUCCGUGGCAUGUACCGUGGUCUUUCACCCACUGUUUUGGCAUUACUUCCAAAUUGGGCAGUUUACUUUACUGUAUAUGAGCAACUGAAAAGCGUGCUUUAUUCGAAUGAUAGCAAUGAGCUUUCUGUAGGUGCAAACAUGAUAGCUGCAGCCGGGGCAGGAGCAGCAACAACAAUUGCCACUAAUCCACUGUGGGUCGUCAAGACAAGAUUUCAGACUCAAGGACUGAGGGUGGGUGUUGUGCCAUAUAGAAGCACUUUCUCUGCAUUGAGAAGAAUAGCCCAUGAAGAAGGAAUCCGUGGUCUUUACAGUGGUCUUGUGCCUGCAUUGGCAGGGAUUAGUCAUGUUGCCAUCCAGUUUCCAGCCUAUGAAAAGAUCAAAGCUUACUUAGCAGCCCAAGACAAUAGAACUGUGGAUUCUCUUAGUGCUGCUGAUGUUGCUCUAGCUUCAUCAAUCUCUAAAAUAGCAGCAUCAACCAUGACUUACCCUCAUGAGGUUGUUCGAUCGAGGCUUCAAGAACAGGGAUUUCAUUCAGAAGUCCGAUACGAAGGUGUUGUCGAUUGUGUAAAGAAAGUGUUCCAAAAAGAGGGCCUUGCUGGUUUUUAUCGUGGUUGCGCAACAAACCUGAUCCGCACCACUCCGGCCGCUGUGAUUACAUUCACUAGCUUUGAAAUGAUCCAUAGAUUUCUAAUUAAUCUAUUCCCCGAACCACAUCCUCAUCCAAUAUAAAUCCGGGUUAACACAUCAAAAAACAUUUCGAUUAGCAUAUUUAGUUGAUUAUUUUAUAUCAGUUACAGCGCCGCCAAUAUUUAUCGUUGCUGCGAUACCAACUUGACUUCUUUCACUUGCUAGUAGUUUGAAGUACUUUGCGCGAUGAUUUGGUUUAUGCUGAUGGGCAUUUCAGGAGUGGAACAGGCUAAAACAUCGGCAAAGAUAAUGAUGAAAAAGAAAUUAUCAUCACAUUAUUUGUUAUUGUAAGAUAUUGUUCCAGGAAAUUCAUUAAUUUUAUGUUCUGUGUUAGUAUUUAUUUGUGUUUUUCAAUUAUGUAAUGAACUCAGUUAAUCACCAGAUGAAUAUGAUUGACAUAUUUAGAUC